AUGGAGACUAAUGAUGACUCGGGUGGUGCCCGCCCCAGUUUUACCACCGGACCUGGACCUCGUCCGGCUGCCGCACAUGAUUUUCUCGACCAAGCUAAUCGCCAUCCCGUCGCUCCUACCUCGUCCAGCUCCUCUGUCUCUCACCACCCGGCCAGGUCCAGAGUCUCGCGAACCCUUUCUCAAUCCUACAGCCUCCCGCCGUCUGCGCACACUUCUGUCCCUCCCACCAGUGCCGCCAGCCGCAAGAGCAGGCAGUCCGAGCCCGGCACCACAGAGGCCAACGCCGAGCGAGCCAGCCUGUCUAUGCCUCCGCCCCUCUCUCGGCCAUUGCGAAGCCAUACCAGCUCCCUGUCCCGCCACCGACGGGAUUCGAGCCACUCUGAUCCCUGGAACGAAGAUAUCGCCUUGAUUAGAAGGUACAGCAACGAGUUUGGCUUGUUGCACACCUCGCCGCGGGACAUCGCCGUGCGCACAGCCAGCUUCGAUUCAGAUACCCCUCGGUUACCGGCUCGGGCAUCUCACGAGCAUAGCCAGCACCAGAGCCUGCCCGAACCAGCCUUGAUCCCCUCUACGACGAGGUCCUUCUCCUUUUCCGAGGACGCCAAGCGCCUGAGCCUUUCCUCGACGUAUUCCAUGGCAUCUGCCCGUGUCCCCAGCUCAGGAGCUUCCGCAAACGGUUCUGAUCAGGGACAGCCCAUUCCAACAUCUAAUCCUACCUUGCGCCGAUCCGUCUCGAACCUCAUGGCGUCUUCAGCAGGCAAGGGUAUUGGUGCCGGAGGCCAGGCUCAGUCAGAGGCUGGCCUCUCCAACGUGACUGUCACCACGGGGAGCCAAGGAUCCGCACAGGGCGGUCUCCAUCUUGCACCGCGAGAGUCUCAUCCUCAUCACCAUCGCAAUAAUCACCACAGCCAACAAACACACUCCCAUACCGAGACGACCUCCUCCACCCCAAUCAACGGGCACAGCUCUGCGCCCUCUUCGAGCCCAGCACCAAGCGUGCAGGGAAGCAGCACCGCACCUCGAUCCCAACCACCAACAAGAUCCAGGAGCAGGGCUAAGCGCCGCUUCAGUGGAAGCACUGCGACUAGUACUCAAAGCCCCAGCGGCGACAGCCGUGGGCACCCGCAUAAGAGAGAGCGAGAGGAACAAAAGCCGGCCCCCUUGGGCGUGAUUGGUGUCUGUGCUCUGGAUGUCAAGGCCAGGAGCAAACCCAGCCGACACAUUCUGAACAGGCUCAUCGCGAACAAUGAAUUCGACAUAGUAGUCUUUGGAGACAAGGUCAUUUUGGACGAGGAGAUUGAGAAUUGGCCUGUUUGCGACUACCUUAUUUCGUUCUACUCAGACGGAUUUCCCCUCGACAAGGCCAUUGCUUAUGUCAAGGCCCGGAAGCCGUUCUGUGUCAAUGAUGUGCCCAUGCAAAAGAUUCUGUGGGAUCGCCGCAUCUGUCUUCGCCUCCUAGACAGGAUCAACGUGCCAACUCCGCAGAGAAUCGAAGUCAGCAGGGAUGGAGGCCCAACUCUGCUCACUCCCGAUGUAGCAAAGCACAUCAAGGAUGUCAGCGGAAUUGUGCUCGAACCGACGGACCCAGAGAAAGUCCGGAAACCCAAGAACAUCCAAUUGUUGGACGAUGGUGACACAUUGAGCGUCGAUGGCACGCUCAUCAAGAAACCUUUUGUCGAGAAACCGACCAGUGGAGAGGACCACAACAUUAUCAUUUACUUCCCAAAAUCCUCAGGAGGCGGAGCACGGAAACUCUUCAGGAAGAUCGGCAACAAGAGCUCUGAAUAUGUGGAGGAUUUGAGCGUGCCACGUGCCAUCACCCAACCCGACGAGAGCUUCAUCUACGAGAAGUUUAUGAGAGUCGAUAAUGCGGAAGACGUCAAGGCUUACACGGUAGGACCAAACUACUGCCAUGCCGAGACGAGAAAGUCUCCCGUUGUGGACGGUGUUGUGCGCCGCAACACCCAUGGAAAGGAGGUCCGCUAUGUCACGGCUCUGAGCACGGACGAAAAAGAUAUGGCCAGCAAGAUCUCCCUGGCCUUCGGGCAGCGUGUAUGCGGCUUUGACUUGCUGAGAGCCGGUGGCAAGAGCUACGUGAUCGAUGUCAACGGCUGGAGCUUCGUCAAGGACAACGAUGAGUACUACGAUCAUUGCUCCAGCAUUCUCAAGGAUAUGUUUAUCAAGGAGAGAAAGCGGAAGGGCGCAGCCACACCACCUAUGCCGUCGCCUGUCCCCUCAGACACAGAUCCGUUCACGCAAAAGGGUGGAGCCGUUGAUGCAGACUUGUCCCAUGCCAUGCUGCAGAAUAAGGGCAGAUCAGGCACCGGCUUGUCAUCCAUUGGUGCCGACAAGACUGCUCCAGAGCAGAAAUCGCUCUCUCCUGCAGCCCCUGCAGAGAUUUCCAUGCCCAAGUCGGACUCUGCCCUUGCACCACCUUCGCAACAUACGACCAGCACGGGUGUCUCACAGACGGCCGAUGCCCUUGUAAAGAGCCUACCGUCGACCGCCCCAUCCACCAUGCCCGCUACUCCCAAGCUACCGGAGACUGGCACCGGAGACGCAGAUGAGGAACCCCGUCUGCCACCGCCGCCACCCCCAAAGCAUGCCUGGAGGCUCAAGGGCAUGGUCUCCGUCAUUCGCCAUGCGGACCGCACGCCGAAGCAGAAGUACAAGUUUACCUUCCAUACCGAACCUUUCAUUGAGCUUCUCAAGGGCCAUCAGGAAGAAGUGCUCUUGAUCGGUGAAGCGGCGCUGGCAAGUGUUGCUAACGCGGUUGAUAUGGCCAUGCAAGCCGGUGUCGAGGAUCGUGGCAAGCUCAAGGCUCUCCAGAACGUCCUUAUCAAGAAAGGUAACUGGCCAGGUACCAAGGUGCAGAUCAAGCCCAUGUUCCGCAAGAAAAAGACGGAGGCCAUGACGACUGUUGAGGAGCAAAAGGCACAAGGUAGUACCGCGGUCGCCAUCGACGAGAAGUCUGAGCACAGCGACGUUGGAUCCGACAGCAAGCCGAGGAACGGGCCUAAGAGGCACGACUCUUUGUCUGGUGUGACCAUGUCCAAGUUCACAGCUGCUGAGAACAGUCUCGUGCUGGACAAACUGCAGCUCAUUGUCAAAUGGGGUGGAGAGCCGACGCACUCUGCCCGUUACCAGGCUCAAGAGCUCGGCGAGAACAUGAGAAACGACUUGACUUUGCUGAACCGCGACAUCCUCGACGAGAUCCACGUCUACAGUAGCUCCGAACGCCGGGUCACUACGAGCGCCCAGAUAUGGGCCUCCUCGUUCCUGAAUCAGAAAGACCUGCCCGAGGACUUCAUCACAAUCCGCAAGGCGCUUCUUGACGACUCCAACGCGGCCAAGGACGAGAUGGACAAGGUCAAGAAGAAGCUUAAGGGGCUCCUUCGUAAGGGUAACGAGCGCCCUCCGCAGUUUGCCUGGCCCGAGAACAUGCCUGAGCCGAACGAGGUCCAGAACCGCGUCGUUCAGCUCAUGAAGUUCCACCGCAAGGUCAUGCACUACAACUACAACAAGCUGCACAGCGGCGCCGUGUCUUCUCUGAGCGCCAUCUCCAACCCGAGCACCGAGAAGCUCGGCACCGCUGGUCACGAGGCGUCGUCCCUCUCGUCCAACGGGUCGCUCGCCCAGGCAAAUGCCGUCAACAGUAUCCAGGCCAGGUGGUGCUGUGGCGAAGACGCAGAGCUGUUCCGCGAGCGCUGGGAGAAGCUGUUUGCCGAGUUCUGCGACGGCGAGAAGGUGGAUCCUAGCAAGAUCUCGGAGCUCUACGACACGAUGAAGUUUGACGCUCUGCACAACCGCAACUUCCUCGAGUGGGUAUUUGCGCCGCCCAAGCAUCUGCUCGAGGAGGAGUACGGCUUUAGCACGAGCAGCAACGGAAAAGACGCCGGCGGCAGUAGCAACAAGCAGCCACCACACUUAUCGCAGCAGUCGAGCACGAGCGGCGCUGCCAGCGGCAAGGACUCGGACGAAGGCAAGACCUCCGAGGACGGGCGCUCGGUGAAGAGCCACCAGAGCCAUCAGAGCCAGGCGCAGGAUCCUCCCGCGGAGGUGCCCAAGACCGUCAGGCGCAUCUUCCGGAGGCGCUCGUGGAUGAACAACCUGCGCCACGCCGGCGAUGCUCCCCCGCCGCCGCCCGAGCAAUACUUCAACCUGUACCGGGGCAACAGCCAGUCCAAGGCCAAGACGGACGCCAAGUUUGAGCCCCUCCGUGAGCUGUACCAGCUUGCCAAGGUGAUGUUUGACUUCAUCUGCCCUCAAGAGUAUGGCAUUUCCGAUAGCGAAAAGCUCGAAAUUGGUCUUCUCACCUCUCUGCCGCUCCUCAAGGAGAUCGUGCAGGACCUCGAGGAGAUGCAGGCCUCGGACGAGGCCAAGGGCUUCUUCUACUUCACCAAGGAGUCGCACAUCUACACGCUGCUGAACUGCAUCUUCGAGGGCGGCGUCGAGACCAAGAUCCAGCGCAGCACCAUCCCGGAGCUCGACUACCUCUCCCAGAUCUGCUUCGAGCUGUACGAGUCCGAGAUCAAGCCCAAGGCGACGACGCACCCGACAGCAGCAGAGAACGUGGGCGUCGGCAGCGCCGCGGUCUCCAUGACGUCGGCCGACGACGGGGAAGUGCCACCGAGCGAGCAGCAGCCCCAGUACGAGUACAGCAUCCGCAUCACGCUGAGCCCGGGCUGCCACGUCUACGACCCGCUCGACGUGCAGCUCGACAGCCGGCACUGCAUCAGCUGCGCCCCGCGCCGCAGCCUGACGCCGCACAGCAACUGGAAGACUGUGAUUGAGACCCUCCGGGCCAAGUUCCAUCAGGUGAAAUUGCCCAAGACGUUCUUGGCUGUCAACCUCUCCGACGCGUUCUCCUUCCAGGAGAGGGAGAGGUCCAACAGCGAGCACGACGUCCUGGAGAUGAAGGCCCACGACCGCUCCACGCCCACCGCGGUCGAGGGCGGCGGGGAGUCGGAGAUGGUCCCUGCGGACAAGAUCAUGGAUGCUCGGCCCCUCCCGGUCGGCGCCGACGAAGGGCCGCUUGAGGACCGCAAGGCUUAG